AUGGAUCCGGUGCUACUCGAGCGCGAACGUGUACUGUUCCGGCUGAACGAAGAAAUAAACGCCAAGUCACGGGGACUGUUCGACCUGAACGAGAACGUCAGCUGGAUGACAACGAAGCGCCGAUUGCGCCACGGUAUGAAGAAGCUAAACAAUGCCGUCCCCGUUGUGGGUCCGCCGGGCGAUGAGUCGUCCUCGUCGGAGCUGGGAGCCUCGAUAGAUACGACCACCGGUGGUGCUACCGGAACUGGGUCGGAGGAGGAGCCGGAAAGUGAUGAACGUGCAUCGGCAGCCGUUAUCUUCGCGGUGGUCCACGAUGGGGGAGAGCAGAACACGUACGGUGGGGGUGAAAAGGAGCGAGUGCAAGCAGGAGACGAUCGUGGACCGGCCUCCACGAUGACGACCCUCACCGAGAUACGGUGUGAUGCGAUACAGGAAGAGCAUACACAUCGGGCGAACAAUACGAACCAACAGCUGCAGCUGGUGAAGGUCACGACCGUCUCGGUGUCGGAGCGCAAGGUAAGCAAUGGGCAGCGUGGGACAGGCGGAGCCGGUGGACCGGUGGGUGGUGGAGGUGGAAUGCUGAUCGCUAGCAAAUCGGUGACAUCGGCCGCAACGGCACGCAAUCUUACCAAAAACAUGGCCGACGUUGUGCCGAAGGUGCUCGAGAAGAAGAACAUCAGCUCGGAGGGACUGAUCAAGUUCCUCAAAUCCAAAGUGGCUAUCCUUCAGACCGAACUGGAAGCGAGCCAGAAACAGAACGAGGCGAAUGUCAAGGAUCUAAAUUUGGCGCUCGAUCGGUUGAAGCAGCUCGAAGCGCUGAAGGAACAGCUGCUCACGAAGAACGGUGCGCUCGAACGCACCGUCAAGAAGUUCGAGGAGCGAAACGUGGAGCUGGACAAAUUGCUAAAGGAAAAGGACGCCCAGCUGAACGUGUCGGCAAAGGAACUGUUCGGGGCACGGUCGGAGAUCCGCAAUCUGGCCCACGUCAACCAGACGCAGGAGAAGCGACUGUUCAAGACGCAGGAGGAGGUCGAAAGUUUGCGCAUCAAGCUGAGCAUCGCGAACGAUUCGGAAAAGGAAACGCGUGAUGCCGCCCGGCAGGAGCGUCUCACGUACGAAAAACAAAUCCGACAGCUCCGCAAGCAGCGCACCGAAGUGCUGGCCGACUACAAGAAGCUGCUCCUUAGCGUCGAUCAGAUGAAGAAGCAACAGUUUAACCAGGAACAGUCGAGACAGAUAAAUGACUUUGAGAAAGAUUAUUUGCGGCAUCUAGACGAGGCCGCAUCGUCGCCACCACCGUCAAUGCCGCAGUAA